AUGAUAAUUGUUGCAGCCGAACCAGAGUACACUGUACACAGAGGCUCCAUUAAUUACGAUGGCGUUAAACCCGAAAUUUUGCCAUUUGAACAACAUCGUGUCCGUCGAGAUGCUAGUACCUACGCUGUCUCAUCUGAACCAGCUGUCGUUACUAGUACCCUCAGUACAGUAACCAGCGAAUCCAAUUAUGUACCGAAUGUUACCACUGCAACAACAACCAAUGAAACUGAAGCUACGUCCGCGCCGUCGGUUGUGGUGACAAAGGUACCGCUACUCGGGGUCAACGGUUCUGGUGUACUACAUGUGAACGUAACCGGUAACACGCCAAAAGUUAGCGACCCCAUACUCCCAGAUGACAGUUUCCCAAAUGUCUUCAAAGAAACACCCGAAACUAUCAAGGCUGAACAGAACUUGACAUCAUUAAACUAUGACAACCAUGACUUCUACAACAGUUCUUUUAUCGGUAACGUGACAUAUUUCCAAGAGUAUUGGGCAAAUAUCACAGAACCCAAGUCUGAAGUACACGGAGUUCUCAGCGACUCACAUCGACGUGCUACUACUAUAAAGCUGAGUUUUGAUUUUCCGUUCUACGGUCACGGCGUUCGUAAUAUAACAGUUGCUACCGGAGGUUUUAUAUAUACGGGGGAUCACGUUCACAACUGGCUGGCCGCUACACAGUACAUAGCGCCGUUGAUGGCUAACUUCGAUACAACUAUCACAAACGACAGUCUGGUCAAGAUGUAUGACGAUGGUGAGAAAUUCAGCGUUUUCUGGGAAAAGGCGACACUUCAAGAGGAUCAUACAAAGAAAUUCACUUUCGCUGUGACACUUUAUAAAAAUGGCGACAUCGUAUUCGCUUACAAAGAUAUACCGAUACCCGUACAGAAAAUAAAUGACGUAGAACAUCCAGUUAAAGUUGGAAUAAGUGACGCUUACCUCAACGAUAAAAUAUUAUUCUACGUCCGCCGUAAGACCAUCUACGAGUAUCACAGAAUAUCGUUCCUGACCCACGAGAUAACAAACAACACUAUAUUAAAGCUGAUAGCAUUACCAACGUGCCUGCAGUACGACACUUGCACCGACUGUCUCAACCACAACACUGGAUUCAAUUGUCUAUGGUGCGAAAAACUCAAGAAGUGUUCCAGCGGUACAGAUAGGAAUAAACAAGAUUGGCUGCUAAGAAAUUGUGAAAAGUUCAAUAUAUCUUCGGUGCAAUCCUGUCCUGCCAGCCCUCAUGUAGACCAACCCGCGGGUAGUAACACGGCUUACGAGACUGAUUCAAGAGAUAACAACACAGACACCGCUGUACUAACUGACGAUAACACGGAGGCUCGUGUGACUGCGCGCAGGGCCCAGGAGGUACAUACCGAGGCGAGGUCGCCAGUAGGAGGCGUGGUGGCAGCCUUCCUCGCUGUAGCCUUAGUCUGCAGUCUCGUGAGCUGGGCGCUGUACGCCUUCAAGAAUCCUCACACACGUUCCGGACAACUCCUCAUCAAGUAUCGUCCCUCGCAGUGGAACUGGCGCAGAGGUGAGGCUCGCUAUACCGCAGCUACAAUACACAUGUAA